UGUAGGAAGUCGAGUGACACUAAAUGGAACAGUGAAGUUGCCUGGCAUUUAGAAGUCCGGCGGGUACAUAAAAGCCUAAGACGCGUUGUAUAUAAGGGUCUGCAAUGUCGAAAGACACAGAAGCAGUGAGUGAAGAAAUCAUGGAGUCAAAGGUAUUGUGGUACCCGGACUCCAAGAAAAAUACACAGAUGGAUAGAUUCAGGGCGCAGGUAAACCGAGACUUCGGACUUAAUUUGGCUAAUUACAAUGACCUAUACCAGUGGUCAGUUGAAAGUUACCCAGAAUUCUGGGCUGAAGUGUGGCGGUACUGUGGAGUGGUCAGCUCUAAGAUGUAUGAAGAGGUGGUUGAUGUGUCAAAGAGAAUAUCAGAUGUACCAGAGUGGUUCAACGGCAGCCGCUUGAACUAUGCUGAGAACCUUCUCAAACAUAAAGACCAGGACAAAGUUGCGCUCUAUGCAGCUACCGAAGCCAAAGACGAGAUCACCAAGGUGACGUUUGGCGAGCUGCGCCGCGAUGUGGCGCUCUUUGCGGCCGCCAUGAGAAAGAUGGGCAUCCGCACCGGGGACAGAGUCGUGGGAUACCUGCCCAAUGGGAUCCAUGCUGUAGAGGCCAUGCUUGCAGCGGCCAGCAUCGGGGCUAUCUGGAGCUCCACCUCUCCUGACUUUGGCGUCAACGGAGUGUUGGACCGCUUUUCCCAGAUCCAGCCCAAACUCAUCUUCUCUGUGGCGGCGGUGAUCUACAAUGGCAAGCAGCAUGACCACAUGGAAAAACUGACGAGUGUGGUGAAAGGGCUGCCCGAUCUGAAGAAGGUGGUGGUGAUUCCGUACGUCCGCUCCAGGGAAGAGACGGACCUCUCCAGAAUCCCAAACAGCGUGUUCCUCGAGGACUUCCUGGCCAUGGGGAAGGAGGGGGACCAGGACCCCCAGCUGGAGUUUGAGCAGCUGCCCUUCUCUCACCCCCUCUUCAUCAUGUACUCAUCUGGGACCACGGGCGCCCCUAAGUGCAUGGUGCACUCUGCGGGGGGCACUCUGGUUCAGCACCUGAAGGAACACAUUCUUCAUGGCAACAUGACCAGCAGUGAUGUAAUCAUCUACUACACCACGACGGGAUGGAUGAUGUGGAACUGGCUGAUCUCCUCCCUGGCGGUGGGGGCUUCGGUGGUCCUCUACGACGGCUCCCCCCUCGUCCCCACACCCAACGUCCUCUGGGACCUGGUGGACCAACUCGGAAUCACUAUUUUCGGCACCGGUGCCAAGUGGCUUGCUGUGCUGGAAGAAAGAAACCUUAAACCAGCCGACACACACAACCUGCAGAGCCUCCACACCAUCCUGUCUACGGGCUCCCCUCUCAAGCCCCAGAGCUACGAGUACGUCUACAGGAGCAUCAAGAGCAACGUGCUGCUGGGCUCCAUCUCAGGUGGGACGGACAUCAUAUCCUGCUUCAUGGGACAGAACAUGACGGUCCCGGUCCACCGGGGCGAGAUCCAGGCCCGAAACCUGGGUAUGGCGGUGGAAGCCUGGAGUUAUGAAGGGAAGCCAGUGUGGGGGGAAAGUGGAGAGCUGGUGUGCCUGAAGCCCAUCCCCUGCCAACCCACCCACUUCUGGAACGAUGAGAACGGGAGCAAGUACCACAAAGCCUACUUCUCCACCUUCCCAGGGGUCUGGGCCCAUGGCGAUUAUUGUAAGAUCAACCCAAAAACAGGAGGAAUCGUUAUGCUUGGUAGAAGUGAUGGCACCUUGAAUCCCAAUGGCGUGCGGUUUGGGAGCUCAGAGAUUUACAACAUCGUCGAGGCUUUCGAAGAGGUGUCCGACAGCCUUUGCGUUCCUCAGUACAACAAUGACGGGGAGGAGAGAGUGAUCCUGUUCCUCAAGAUGGCGCCCAACCAGUCCUUCUGCCCGGAACUGGUGAAGAAAAUUCGCAGUGCCAUCCGCGUGGCCCUGUCUGCCCGCCACGUCCCAGCGCUCAUGCUGGAGACACGUGACAUUCCGUACACAAUAAGCGGCAAGAAGGUGGAGGUGGCCGUCAAGCAGGUCAUCGCUGGCAAGGAGGUGACGCAGCGGGGCGCCUUCUCCAACCCGGACUCGUUGGACCUCUACAAGAACCUCCCAGAGCUCCAGGGCUUCUGAGCUUUGGAUCUCCACAGAAGGGAGAGGCGGGGAAUGUGCAAAAACACCCAGGGACUGCUCUACUCAGAGGGGCUCCGCCAGGGGGAUCAGGAACCUCCUCAGGCUACGCCUA